AAAAGGGGGGGGGGAAGAGAUUUGGAAUAUUCUUUGUCCUCACCCCGCAGUAGGCUACAACGCACAACUGGAGAAGGACACGGGCUCCCCACAAAAAAAGAAAAAGAACCGGAUGGCUUGAUAUUAGAACGGGAGGGCUUUAUUUUAAUAAAGAGAAAAACUAAGCUCCUGAAAUAAGCGACAACUAAGAGGAGCCGUCGGGCGAAAGCAGAGACUCCCCAAAUCACUACCGAAGGUUAGAGAGCUUCCCUUCUGUUGCAGAGGCAAAAUGAGCUGGAGUUUCCUUACACGCCUGUUGGACGAGAUUUCCAACCACUCAACCUUCGUGGGCAAAAUCUGGCUCACCCUCCUCAUCGUCUUUCGCAUCGUGCUGACAGCUGUCGGGGGCGAGUCAAUCUACUAUGAUGAACAGAGUAAGUUUGUGUGUAACACACAGCAACCCGGUUGCGAGAACGUGUGCUACGAUGCGUUUGCGCCGCUGUCACACAUUCGCUUCUGGGUGUUUCAGGUGAUUAUGAUCACCACCCCCACCAUCAUGUACCUUGGCUUUGCCAUGCAUAAGAUCGCCCGCAUGGAGGACGAUGACUACCGGCCGCGGGGCAAGAAGAGGAUGCCGAUAGUGAGCCGCGGGGCCAACCGGGACUAUGAGGAAGCGGAGGACAAUGGGGAGGAGGACCCCAUGAUCCUGGAAGAGAUUGAGCCAGAAAAGGAAAAGGAAGUCGCGGAGAAGCCCAGCAAAAAGCACGACGGACGCCGUCGUAUCAAGCGCGAUGGCCUGAUGAAGGUCUACGUGUUUCAGCUGCUGUCUCGUGCCAUCUUUGAGGCCUCAUUCCUGUUUGGACAGUACAUCCUUUAUGGACUGGAGGUGGUCCCGUCGUACGUGUGCACACGCUCCCCUUGCCCUCACACGGUGGAUUGCUUCGUCUCGCGCCCCACAGAGAAAACCAUCUUCCUGCUCAUCAUGUAUGCCGUCAGCGCCCUGUGUCUGCUCUUCACCAUGUUGGAGAUCCUUCACCUCGGCUUCAGUGGGAUUCGGGACUGCUUUUGCACACCGCGGCCUAAGCCUCCCACCCCCCGCCACCCAGCUCUGUCCAGCCAGAGGUCCUCCAUCAGCCGCCAGCCAUCUGCACCUCCGGGCUACCACACGGCUCUGAAGAAGGACCCGUCGGGGAAAAUGGGCUUCAGGGACAACCUGGGAGACUCGGGCCGCGAGUCGUUUGGCGACGAGGCUUCAUCGCGGGAGCUGGAGAGGCUGCGAAGACACCUGAAACUGGCUCAGCAGCACCUGGACCUGGCUUACCAAAAUGAGGAGAGCAGCCCAUCGCGCAGCAGCAGCCCAGAGUCCAACGGAACCGCAGUUGAGCAGAAUAGAUUAAACUUUGCCCAGGAGAAGCAGAGCAGUACAUGUGAGAAAGGUCUUCGUGCAUAGGUUCUCAUAAGACCACCUGCCACAAGUCUUAAAUUUACAUCAGUGACAUCAGGAUCAGUUAGAGGACAUAAGGGAAUCUCUCUCUCUCUCUCUCUCUCUCUCUCUCUCUGUCUCUCUCUGUCUCUGUCUCUCUGUCUCUGUCUGUCUGUGUCUUUCUGUCUCUCUCUCUCUGUCUCUCUGUACCUUGCUUGAGAUGGAUGAAGUCAGCCCAAGCCUUCCUGUGUUACGGCCAGUUGUGGUGGGACAAAGAGGAGAGCAGUCGUCUCAACCAGCAAUACCUGAGACGCCUGUCUGAAGAUCCAAAGUGCUUACAAACUACCGUCGUGCAGCAAGAACGGUUAAGGUUAUCUUGUACUUCUCCCUCAGGGCCACUAAUAACUGUAAUGUUUUUUAUAUAUACCUUUUUUUUUUUAUUAUUAUUAUUACGGGAGCGUUUGUCCUCCUUUUUGGAAGUUCACAGUGAAUGCAUCUCAAGUUGGCCUUAGAUCUAAACUAGUUUUUAUGGCAUUUUGUAAAGGUAUGACCAAGCCAGUUGUAGUGCAAAGAACACGUUUAUACCGUUUUAAAGUUUACCUGGUGAGGAAGUGAAUCUCUGAGUGGGUGAGAUGCAAAACAAAGGUCAAUGGACAAGGCACCACUC